AUGAAUGAAUUAGAGAAAUUAAAUCAGACAUUAACAAUAACAACUUAUUGUAUAAAAGCGGAAGUAAAAACAGCAAGGUUGAAAGAAAGAUCUAUCUAUCUAUCUAUCUAUCUAUCUAUCUAUCUAUCUAAAUGUGCCCAUAUCUAUCUAUCUAUCUAUCUAUCUAUCUAUCUAUCUAUCUAUCUAUCUAUCUAUCUAUCUCAAUAUGUUCAUAUCUAUCUCAUGGCUGGCAUGACACCAUUUUUCUCUACCACCGUCCAUCUAUCUAUCUAUCUAUCUAUCUAUCUAUCUAUCUAUCUAUCUAUCUAUCUAUCUAUCUAUCUAUCUAUCUAUCUAUCUAUCUAUCUAUCUAUCUAUCUAUCUAAUUCUGUUAUAAUACUUUUUCGUGAUUAUUCUUAUUAUUAUUGUGCUAUUACUUCUUCUUCUUCUUCUUCUUCUUCUUCUUCUUCUUCUUGUUCCACCUCUUUUUCUUCAUUUUACCUUUCUCUCUCUUAUCUUCUUUUGCUCCUCCUCAAUGUGACUUUCUUUUUUUGUCUUCUUCUUGUCCUAAAUCUUCUCCUCAUUUAUAUCGUCAAUGGCUGCUUUCCCCUAACCGCUUUACCUCUGAGAAAAAUUCUUUCACGAUCAUUCUAA